AUGGCUGCCAGACUGCCAAUUCAAGCCUUACGUUCGUGCAAAAGUAUUCUUCAACAACCAUCGCACUUUUCUCAAACAUAUCGACAUCCGUUCCGAUCACAAUCUCUCUCAAAAUGGUCAACGCGAGCAUAUUCAACACCUCCACCACCACAGUCUAUAAAUCAUAACAUUAGUGCUACUACCGAGCCUUCAUCUCAAUCAAUACCCCAACACCGAGAUCUGCGAUCUCAAUUCUCUUCUGGACCCGUCGCGCCAAUACCCUCACCUUCAUCUCCCAAACGAAAACGGUCCCUCCGUCCCACAAUCUAUGCCUCUCUUUUUCUCCUAAUUGGACUCACAACUGGACAAUAUGUCUCGCUUGUCCUUUCUCCCCCUGCACUCCCCGAACCCUCUUCUCCCUCGGACGAACUCAUGACCUCUUGGUUACACGCGCAGGCCUCAAAGAUCCCACUGGUACAAUCUCUAACUGAGGAUCCCGUUUGGCAAUCUUGGGAUGCCUAUUCCACAUUCACACCCGAAGAACGUCCGCACCGACUUACUACUGGUCCAUUGGGAGGAUCUAGAUCGAUAGGCGGGUACCAACGAGUAUUUUAUAAUUCUACCACAGGAGAGUUCAUAUCGAUUGUAUACUUAGGAGGAGCAUUAGGAGGAUGGCCCGGUGUGGUGCAUGGAGGUCUUAUAGCGACGAUUAUGGAUGAAUCACUGGGGAGAUGUGCGAUCAGACAGUUGGCCGCGGGAACAGGUGUCACUGCUCAAUUGUCGUUACAAUAUUUAAAGCCAAGUGUUACAAAUGCAUUCUACGUAGUGAGAUGUACACCAGUCAUAGGAGAGGAGGGAGGUGGAGAAAGAAAGAGAUGGGUAGAAGGACGUCUGGAAACAUUGGAAGGGAGAGUUUGUGUAGAGGCAAAGGGAUUAUUUGUCGCACCGAAGAAUUAUAAAACGAGGGUAAUCACGGCGGGCUUUUAA